UGUUUUUCACAGUGUUUUUCUACCAAAACAAUACGACUGACUGAAAUAUCUUAAGAUUUUUCAAAAUAAAUUGGAUAAAACUGAUAAUAAUGGCUCACAUCCAGUUCGUAGAUGAGUUGGUACGUGAAUAUUUGCUGUUCAGAGGUUUCAACUCUACUGUGAAGGCAUUUGAUACCGAUUUGAAGGCGGACAAGGAUAAAGGUUUUCGAGUGGAUAAAAUUAUUGAGCAGAUUUUGCAUUACAUCAAUGUUUCUGAUCUAAGUGGCCUGAAGGAAUAUUGGUCCCAUUUGGAUAGCUUGGUUUUCUCCAAAUUGGAAAUACAUGUACAGCCUGCUGUUCGUAAGCUAGAAUACAGCCUGUACAAGUUAUACCUAGUGGUAGCCGCUCAGAGCACGGGCGGGGUGCGGAAUGAGAAAGUGGCGGAGUUUCUAGCCAAAAUGCUGCCCGAGCUCCAGGGACAGAAUGAGUGGAGGGAUUGGUUUAUGCUACCAUACAUCCAGAAGCCCGAAGAGAACGCGUCAUUCAGCCUGUACUUCACCCGAGCAUGGCAGGACAGCGUGCUGGUGUCGCUGCACAACUUGCUGGCUACGGUGUUCCAGUGCAUGCCACAGCCCACGUUGACCAGUUACGAGAGUGACGCUGCACUUGUGAAGAGACUGCAAGAUGAGGUCACUGCUUUGAGGGGCAAGCAAGUGCAAGCACCAGCAGUGGAAAAAACAUCGCCCAUUGGCCACCAAUCCCGCCUCGCCCAGUACUCCGAGCGUCUAAGCGGGCCUCUGCCCCUCGUUGACGACUUCUGCGCCGUCCCUUCAGAGCAGCUUGACAGUGGCAUCAGAGAGGCUAAAGGCCUCCGAGGCCUCCUCCGACAGAUGGGAGGCAGCCCUGUCAUGGGCCGCAAAACCGGACGAUCGCAAAGCCAAAACUGACCUUUUGAUAUUAGUUUAAGUUAACAUUGUAAAUACAUUCCUAUAGUAAGAUAAUAUUGUUUAUGAUCUGUAAAAU